UAUUAUUCCUGGUUUUAGUAUACAUAUUUUAAUUAAUGGGAUUAGAUAAAUUUUAUCGCAUGUUUAAAUUAAUAUAAGUCUGUUAGUUUGUAGAAAUGUCGGUUACUGGGCCGGCUGCAAACACCAAUGCCAUUCACCGUUUAUCAGAGCUUGAGCUCAAAAAAGGAAUCAUCGGAGAAGGCUCCUGGCACAACCAGUAUAAAGAUUCUUGUUACAUUUUCAUAGGAGGUUUGGACCAUAGAAUGACGGAAGGUGAUAUUAUCAUAGUUUUUUCACAGUUUGGUGAACCAAUCGAUAUUAAUUUAAAGAGAGAUAAAGACACUGGAAAGUCACUCGGGUACUGUUUUCUAGGUUAUAAGGAUCAGAGAAGCACUAUACUGGCUGUGGAUAACUUUAAUGGUUCAACACUCCUAGGAAGAAGGAUCAGAGUUGACCAUGUGAUGGACUACUCAGCACCUGUUGUUUACGAUGAUAAGGUUGAUGACGAAGGUAACAAGAUACGUAAAGAGUAUAAACCCACUGGAGCAGAAGGUUUAGGACUGGGAAAGUAUUAUGUUACUGAAACAGAGCGGCUUCUAAGGGAAACUUCCAGCAAAACUGCAAAACAUGAACCCGUUCAACAAAUGGAUGAAGAUGAAAAAUGGGCUCUAGAAUUCGAACAAAUGAUUAAAAAAGAAAAUUUAGAAUCAGAUGAUCACCCUAAAGAAAACAAAGAAGAUACUGUAAGUGUUAAAAAGGAGGAUAAAGAGAGAGAUAAGCAUAGGAGUCGUGGUAAGAGUAGAAGUCGUAGUAGGGAUAGAAGUAGAAAUAGGUAUAGAAGCCGUAGUAGAGAAAGAGACAGACAUAGACACAGAGAUAGAGAUAGAUAUAGGAGUAGUGAUAGGGAUAGAAGGAGAUAUAGUAGAAGUUCUUCCAGGCAUAAAUAUCGAAGAGAUCGACACAGACGAAGUCGUAGAAGUAGUUCUUAAAAUCUAAUAAAUUUUACAUUUUAAACUUUUAAUCGUAAUUUAAUAAACAUUUAAAAAACCAUCCUAAACAUUAUUAAUGUUAUUAUUUUACGAAUU